AUGACGCUAAAGAAUUAUUUCCGUGGGCAAAAUGAUCUAUACCUGCUACAAAUUGACACUGCCAAGAUUGCAGAUGGCUUGAUUUAUGAGGCAACUGAUGGUCGUAACUACUUUCCUCAUUUCUAUGGUCCUGAUCGGAGCUUUGCACCCCUUCAACUAAGUGUUGUUGUCAAGGCAGACAAAAUAGAGCUAGCGAACCAUGAUUUUACUUGCAGUCUAUUUGAUGGAGCGGCCAUCUAA